AUGGAAGCUAGUCUCAUUCGUCGUGGACUUCUACAAGAUAGCCUCUCAGAAUAUGAUCAAGUUAAUUCUGUUACGGUCGAUUUGGCAAUUCUUAAACUACACAAACCAGUUCAACAUUUACAUCGAUAUGAAUUUGUUCAACCACAAUUUAAUUCUCCAUUAUUCAAAUUCAAUUCUUCACCAAUUAAUGCCAAACUAUACUUAGUUUGUUAUAAUGGUGAGUUAGCCGAAGAUUCAGAUCUAAAGCCUUAUAAAUAUAUACGCGGUUUUGCUAACAUAACUACGAAUCAACUCAAUUUUGGUCAUAAUGCUAAUUACAAAUCAGUAUCUAUUGGAUCUAUCAUCAAUUUGCAAGAAUUAUCUCAAGAAACUACAUAUGUUACACAUACAUGCAGCACGCUACCUGGGUCCAGCGGAGGCGUUUUACUUGAUGCUGAUGGAAACUUUACUGGGAUUCAUAUUGGUAUUGGAAAUUCUCGUCAAAGUAAAAAUCAAGAAAUGUUUUUUAAUAAUGAAACAUACAAUAAAUAUAUUUCUGUUACGUCAAAAUCGUUUUCUCAUUUUAUCAAUCAAUCGAUUUUACCUAAUAUAAAUGAUGAUGAAAUAGCACAAGGUUGGCGAUCAGAUCAAUCUCACAAGAGAGGUACGGUAGAAAUGACUGCUACUGCUGCAUCAUCUCAUGAUUUGUCGUUGCUCAGCUGGAAUACGUUGGCUCCGUGUUGGGUAAUGAAAGAAUGGUAUCCUUCACUGUAUGACUUAGCUGCCGAUGAUAAAACUCGAUUUGAAUUGAUUAUUGCACACAUCCGCUCACUCAAUCAUGACAUUGUAGUACUCCAAGAAGCUCAAGAAGAUCAAUUAUGUUUAUUCAAAGAAAAAUUAGGUGAUAAUUAUUUUCUCGAAUUUAUUUCCAAUAAUCCAACACCCUCCCCGAAACCCAACGGACUCCUCACUUUAAUUCGUAAGAAUUGUGUCUAUGCAUCAGAGAUAAAAAUAACAAGUGGAAUUCUCGAUUUAUUGAGAGGUGAUGCCAUUCAAAUUAUUAGUAUUCCUUCGAAAAAUUUUCAUCUAUUGAAUCUUCAUCUUGAUUAUCGUUAUCAAGUAGCUCAAUCAAAAAUGAUUCAAGACAGAUGCCAUGCUUUACUCGGCAAUCAACAUCCGAUUACUCUCAUGACAGGUGACUUCAAUGCUGAAAUCGAAGAUCACCAUGAAUUCGAAUGGAAUGACUAUGAAAAUGCCUUUCCUGAAUCAUCUAAACAAGCACAAAUUCCAACUUAUUACGCCGAUCCGGCGUACAUAUGGCACAAUACGAACAUUGAUCAUAUUUUGUACGAUCCUAAUCGACUUGAAUUGAUUGAACGUGGCAAAGCAUGGGAUUCACCCGAUCAUACACUUGAAGAGUCGUUGAAAACAUUUGGAAGUGAUCAUAUUUAUAUUUGGGCAACUUUCCGUUUUCGUGAAAAUACAAUAUGA